AUGACCAGCCUGCGUGAACGUCACGAUGAGCUACAGGAGUCCUUCACGACCGAGCUUAGAAAUGCCAUGGACAGCACACGGAACGAAUUGCAAGGCGCUCGAGCGGAAAACAGAGAGACUCUAGAAAAACUCGUCCGUGCCCAGCGAGAGCUGAAGAGUCUCGUGACGCAGAAUGCGGAGAUGGAGAAAACGCUAGCGGACUACCAGGAGAAAGUUAAUACACUUUCCACGAACAACAGUAAGUUCGUUACAGAACAGAUGACCGAAUUGGAAAAACGGACGGCAGAUAAUCUUGCCGAAUCGCGCGGCUCUAUGAUGCGAGGUUUCGAGUCGGACUUGAUGCGCAUUGCAGAGGAAAUUACACACGAGUUGAUGACCCCUCAGAUUGAUUCGAAAUCUGCAGAGACCGCUGACCGUUUACGGCGGAUCAUGGGGUCCUUGAUAGAGCUCAAUAUGCGUAUAGAGAAGCAAGAAGACUUGAUGAGCGACCACAAACUGCAGAAGAACAUCCGAGGGCUUGUCGACGAAAUUAUACGCAGAAGCCUGGACGCUGACAGACUCGAGCACCGUGAGAUGAUAAGCCAACUUUAUAAGAAGAUGAACGAAGUUGUAAAUGCUAUGCAUUAUCCUAAGUAUUACUUACAUUCUCGGCUAGAGUUGGGUGUUUGA